AUGUCUGUCAGAAGAAGUGGUAGGAAGAAUUUGGGAGUACCUCCAGUAAGAUAUGGGGAUGAUAGCCAACCCAAAGCAAUAUCCGAACCACAAAUUAUUCAUCGACGUGAACCCGAAGAAAUUCCAAAAGAUCAAGAGGUUUUGAGUGAGAGAAAAUCAUUAUCAUCGAAAGCCUUAUCGAAGAUGACGAGAACCAGCACAAUCCGAAGACGAGAACUAGAAAUAGAACUUGAAGCCCAUCGCCGGAUCGUGCAAUUGGAAAAGUCACUCAUUCUGAAAGAAACUGAACUGAAAAAAGCAGAGUUGAAAGAACGACAAGACUUAGGACAUUCUGAAUCGUCAGAAAAAAGAAGUGAAUGUGGAGAUCAAGAAACCGAAAUAUGUUACGCCUCCAAAUGCAGAACAUAUACUGCAAGUAUAUGUCGCAGUAACUUCAAGCAGUUGGAUUCAGACAGAAGAUGGGAAUGGGUAAAGAAAAAUAAAAUUUGUUUCUGUUGUUUGCGUAACAAUCAUCAGAUUAGGUUUUGUAGAAAGAAAAAAGUGUGCAACAAAGAUGGUUGUGAUGAAUUCCAUCACAGCUUACUCCAUCCAAAUCCUCCGAGAGAAUAUAUUGCCACAGCACCAAUUUCUGAGACUGAAAAUGUGAGUUAUCAUACAAAAGACACAGAAAAGAAAGUUUUAUUGCGCAUAGCUCCUGUAAUUUUAAAAGGACCUGAGAACGAGGUUCAUACAUAUGCGUUAUUCGAUGAAGGGUCCACUAUUACCAUGAUAGACAAAGAGUUAGCCUCAUUUUUGGGAGCAACAGGUCCAACUGAUCCUUUGAGAAUGUGCUGGACAAAUUCAAUUGUUAAUGAAGAGAACGAUUCUCAGAGGAUCAACUUAACUAUCAAAGGCAAAAAUGAAAAUAAAGAAUUUUUUAUGACGAACGUAAGAACUGUCAGCGAUCUGAAUUUACCAACUCAGACAAUUAGUUACGAGAAAUUCAUGAAAAAAUGGAAUUAUUUGCCACCAAUUAACCUUCCAGACUUAAUAGAUGCGCAACCAAAAAUAUUAAUCGGGCAAGACAAUAUUCAUUUAAUAAUUGCACGUGAGGUUAUAGAGGGUGGAAAAAAUUCACCAAUAUUGUCUCGUACUAAGCUUGGUUGGGUUGUUCAUGGCAAUAUGAUGCACCGUGGCCGUGUUGACAAUGCAUUCAUUUUACAUGUCGAUAGGGAUGAAGAAUUGCAUGAAUUAGUUAAAAUGUCUUCUGAAAUUGAUAGCCUUGGAGUGAAGAUGGAAGAGAAAAUAUCAGUAGAAGAAGCUAGAGCAAUGAAAAUAAUGGAAGAAACAGCUAAGAGAGUCGGAAAGAGAUGGGAGAUAGGCCUUCUAUGGAAAGAAGAUGAUGUUAAAAUGCCUCAGUCGAGGUCAGCAGCAGAAAAUCGUCUCAAAAUGAUGGAAAAGAAAUUAGCCCGGAAUCCAGUAUUUUCCAAGGAAUAUUUAAACAAAUUGAAUGAAUAUGAAGGCAAUGGGUUUGCAAGAAAGGUCAUAGAUAUGGAAAUACAGGAUGAAAAAUCAUGGUAUCUACCUCAUUUUGGAGUUGUGAAUCCCAAAAAGCCUGGAAAGGUAAGAUUAGUUUUUGAUGCUGCCUCUAAGGUAAAUGGUAUCAGUUUAAACGAAAAAUUAUUAAAAGGUCCUGAUUUUUUAAAUUCCUUACUGGGUGUACUCUUCAAGUUUAGACAAAAGAAAAUUGCAUUCACAGGAGACAUCAAAGACAUGUUCCACAGAGUAUACAUCAGAGAAGAAGAUAGAAAAUUUCAAAGAUUUUUGUGGUGGGGAGAAAAUGGACAAACGACGGAAUAUGAAAUGACAGUGAUGAUUUUCGGAGCAGCUUCUUCUCCAGCUUCUGCACAGUUCAUAAUGAGAAAAAACGCGAAAGAGUUUGAAGAAGAAUUUCCUGAAGCAGCAAGGGUAAUUUUAGAACAGCAUUAUAUGGAUGAUUAUUUAGAUAGUGUUGAUUCUGUAGAAGAGGCAUUAGAUUUAAUAACCGGUGUCGAAGAGGUUCAUAAGAGAGGUGGUUUCCAAAUAAGAAAUUGGACAAGUAACUCCAAAGAAGUUUUAAAGCUGAUUCCGAUAGAAAAAAGAACAAGGGAAUUGAAAGAUGUAGAAAUAGAGAAAGAGCUUCCAACAGAACGUGUUCUAGGACUUCACUGGAAUCCGAAUGAAGAUUGUUUUUUGUUCAAAGUCGAACCCAAGGAAAUUAUGAAAAUUUUAGAGAAGAAAGCAACAACUACCAAAAGAAAAAUGUUGAAAAUUGUAAUGUCAGUUUUUGACCCUCUUGGGUUUCUAUGUCACUUCACUGUCAAAGCAAGAAUUUUGUUACAAGAAAUUUGGAAAAUGGGUUCUGGAUGGGACGACAAAUUAGAACAUUCGGUAAAUGAAAAAUGGCUCAAAUGGUUGCAAGAUUUAAGAAAAAUUGAAGGUGUGAAAAUUCCUAGAUGCUAUUUGGAUGAUAAUACGGAACGUAAAAUACAAUUGCAUACGUUUUGUGAUUCCAGUUCGAAAGCAUACGCCGCAGUUUCGUAUUUUCGAAUUUUAUCAUAUCAAAAAAUUUAUUCCAAUAUCGUUAUGGCAAAAUCAAGAGUAAGUCCUCUGAAAACCUUAUCUAUCCCUAGAUUAGAACUUCAAGGGGCAGUGCUGGGAGCUCGUUUGGUUAGAACAAUAAGAGAAAAUCACAGUAUUCCUAUAAGUCGUCAGUAUUUUUGGACGGAUUCCCGGACAGUAAUCAGUUGGUUGAAAUCAGAUCCUCGCAAACUUAAGCCAUUUGUGAGUCAUAGAGUUAAUGAAAUAUUGGAUAUAUCUGAAGAGAAUGAAUGGAAUUGGAUUUCAACAAAGGAUAAUGUAGCAGAUGAAGCAACUAGGGAUAAUAUAAAUUGUGAAUGGUCGAAAUUAAGUAGGUGGAACAUUGGUCCAUCCUUUCUUAGAUGCGAUGAAGACACGUGGUUCAGAGAAAACGAAAUAGAGAUAGACAAAGGAGAAAAUGAAGAAAUGGAAGAAUUUUUCAGGGAAAUGAAAGAAGAAUACGUUGCUCUGACAACGGAAGGAGACAAUUCAAUUGAGUCUAUUCCGAAAAUUGAAAGGUUUUCAUCUUAUAUUCGACUCAUAAGGUCAACUGCCUGGUUGUUGAGAGCAAUUCAAGUUUUCAGAGGUACCAUAAUAUCGUUAUCUGAGUUAUUACCAGAUGAAGUAGACAGAGCUGAAAAAUUAUGGUUUAAACUUGUACAGGAAGCAUGUUUCAGGGAAGAAAUUCGAAGUUUAAAGAAUAAGAAGCCUGUCGAUAAAACGAGUAGACUUUAUAAAUUAUCGCCAAUGUUGGAUAGUGAAGGAAUUGUAAGGAUAAACGGAAGAAUAGGAGAAUCAGAAGAUAUCUGUUAUGAAACAAAAUUUCCAAUCAUUCUUGAUAGAAAGCAUUAUUUUACACGUCUUUUGAUCCUUCAUUAUCAUAAAAGAGCCAGUCAUCAGGGACAAGAGUUGGUUUUGAAUGAGUUACGACAGAAGUUUUGGAUUUUACAAGCUCGAGCUGCUGUCAGAAGUACAUGGAACUCUUGCUAUAGGUGCAGGAAUUUCAGAGCGAAACCCAUAGUCCCAGAAAUGUCUCCACUCCCAAAAUGCAGGGUAAGUGCCUUUGUAAGACCUUUUACUUUUACAGGUAUGGACUACUUUGGUCCAAUGAAUGUCACCAUUGGCCGUCGAUACGAAAAACGUUACGGGGUUUUAUUUACUUGUAUGAGUAUUCGAGCCAUCCACUUGGAGAUUGCAAAUUCUCUAACUACCGACUCCACCAUUAUGGCCAUCAGAAGAAUGAUUGGACGAAGAGGUUGUCCUAAAAAAAUAUUUGCUGAUAAUGGUACGAAUCUGAAGGGAGCCGAGAGAGAAAUAAAGAAGGCGUUGGAGGAAAUGAACGAAAAUCAGAUUUUAGCCGAAAUGACCACUAAGGGAAUCGAGUGGGUAAGGAUACCACCGCUUACACCACACAUGGGAGGUUGCUGGGAGAGGAUGGUGAGAUCCGUAAAAACGGCCCUAUCAGUCACUCUCAAAGAGAGAUCGCCAAAAGAAGAAGUUUUGUCUACACUUCUCAUCGAAGCUGAAAAUAUAGUAAAUAGUAGACCCUUAGUCCACGUUCCAAUAGAUGCCGCAGAUGGAGAAGCUUUGACGCCGAAUUAUUUCUUAUAG